CGGAGGGAGGGAUCGUCACGUGCCACACCGACGCUCUUUCCACCAUGUCCUUCCGAGUCGCCAGCCAGGCCGUCGCCCGGCAGCUCCUGCGCGCGGGUGCUGGGCGACGCUUCUCAACGUCGCCCAGGGUACUUAGACCCUCCGCCGCCCCCUUCACCGAGCCGACCUCUCCCAACCCGGCGAUCGAGAAGCACGCGAAGACGACCGAGGCGCUGCACACCUAUGGCGCCUACCUCAUGCAGUGCAUGCCCAAGUUUAUCCAGCAGUUCUCCGUCCUCCGGGACGAACUCACGAUCUACACCGCGCCGUCGGGGCUCAUCCCGGUGCUCACCUUCCUGCGCGACCAUGGCCAGUGCCAGUUCAAGAGCUGCAUGGAUGUUAGCGGGGCGGACUACCCCGAGCGCGAGAAGCGGUUUGAGUCGGUGUACCACCUGCUGAGCUAUCGGUCGGGCGGGCGCAUCAGGGUCAAGACGUACGCGGGCGAAGCCGAUCCCAUUCCGAGCGCGGUGGGCGUGUACCCUGGGGCGAACUGGUACGAGCGUGAAGCCUGGGACCUCUACGGCAUCUUCUACAGCGGUCACCCUGAUUUGCGCCGUAUCCUGACCGACUACGGCUUCGAGGGCCACCCCCUUCGCAAAGACUUCCCGAUCUCUGGCUACACUGAGCUUCGCUACGAUGAGGAGCGCAAGCGCGUCGUCUACGAACCCUUACAGCUCACUCAGGCCUUCCGCAACUUCGAGGCCCAAUCACCCUGGGAACAGGUCGGUCACGGCACCGAGCCUGCGACGCCUCCGGAAUUCAAGCACCUCCCCCCUCCCCCACCACCGAAGGAGGAGACCCCGCAGAAGAAGUAGAUGGAUUGCUUGUAGCGUACAUCCAAUCAGUUUCCUGCUAUUUGAGCGUCGCGUUUAUGUGUUCAUUCCACCUGCUGCACACUCCCAAACAUUCCAUUCACGCAGAAGGUUAGGUCUGCGACGUAAUUGAAAGAUUCAGAACUC